UAAAUUCCUUCCUGCCAAGAGAUGCAUUGAGCUCUUGAAUUUCUCGCUUCUUAGAUUUGAGAGUUUGAUUUUACGCGGGUGUACUUGAAUUCAUAGCUUCUAGCAAAAUGUAAAUUAGCGAAGCGCGGAGGGAGAGCUGCACUAUUGUCGACAAAAGCAAAAAACAAGAAAGGUUAUGAUCUUGAAAUUCUGUCGCCCACAAGCAGGAAAAAGAGGACCAUCCAACCUGUUUUAGUCGAUGCGUGGACUCCUGUUUCUUUUGUGCUCUUCUUCACCGGUCCACGUGAAGCGCUCUGGUUUGUCGUUUCUUCUCCAACCCCUCGCCGUUCUAAUUCUACAGUAGUUGGGGAUCCAUGAAUUAUGGGUUAUAAAAGAAGGCUUAAUUGGAUCCUGGAAAAAAAGUCAGUAAUAAAGUAUGUAGCAGUCUGUCGCCGCCGCUUAUAUCCUUACACAGGGCUUUCUGGGGAGCCUUCGAGUUUUCUGCACUCGCCAUACCUAAUCUCUCUCUCUCUCUCCCCUCCUCCCUGUUGAGAUCCAUUGGGAAUUUUUGCAGGUAGUCCCUUCUCUUCUAUCUCCGUAUUGUGAAGAUUCAUACCAAAAUUCCAAUCAAUUCUCGCUCUCUGCCACUGGUGGUUCGUGGGCGAAAACUUUUCACGGGUACCAAUGUUAAAGAUUCCUGUUAGUAAGAUCCCUCUUCCUCUCAGUUUCUAUGGGUUGCUUUCUUCCAUUCCAUAACCUGCAACUUCUCAGCAACUUCUUUUUCCAUUGGUACCUUGCCGAUUCCAUUUCUUACUAAGUUUCUAGAACUUCACCAUCACCUCCCUCUUUCUCUGCAACAAACAUAACUUCUUACCCCUCUUUCUCUUAGCGAGAGAGCCAACCAUGCCUAAGCUCUUCCCUGUCUCCCCCUUUCUCCUCCUCUGCUUCCUCCUCACCCUGCCACCCUCCCAGUCUCAGCCAGCACGCUUCAUGUACACCGGCUUUCGGAAUCUCAACGCCAGUAACAUCACCCUCGUCAGAACCGCCGAGAUCGAGGACUCCGGCAUGCUGCGCCUCACCAACGAGACCUCCCGCCUCAUCGGCCGCGCCUUUUACCCUCAUCCCCUGACAUUCCGCAGCGGUUCCGACGGCUCCCGCUCAUCCUUCUCCACCUCCUUCGCCUUCGCCAUCGUUCCCGAGUACCCAAAGCUGGGCGGCCACGGCCUCGCCUUCACCCUGGCUCCCGACCCCCUCAUUCCCGGUGCUCAGCCCAGUCAGUAUCUAGGCCUCAUGAACGCCUCCAUGAACGGCAGCGCCGUCAACCACGUUUUCGCCGUUGAGUUUGACACUGUGCAGGACUUCGAGUUCAACGACCCCGACGACAACCACGUCGGAGUGGACGUCGAUAGCCUCCGAUCCUCCGUCGCCUCCACCGCCAAAUAUUUCCAAUCUGACGGCUCCACUGUUGCCUUCAAUCUCAAGGGCGGCGAAACCAUCGUGUCCUGGAUAGACUACGACGGCCCCUCCGGCGUCCUCAACGUCACCGUCGCCCCGGGCAGUGCCGCCGGAUUGAAGCCCGCCUUUCCCCUCCUUUCACUUACCAUUGACGUCCCCAGCAUCGUCGGAAACUCUGCUUACGUUGGCUUCUCCUCCUCCACGGGCCUCCUUUCCAGCUCCCACUACCUCCUCGGCUGGAGCUUCGCCCUCGGUGCCGGUGCCGCCGAGUCGCUGGACCUCAAAGCCAUCCCGUCGCUACCGAAGCAGAAAUCAUCCAUGCAGAAGAUACGCAACGUCGCGAUAGGGACCUCCGUCGCCGCCGGACUCCUCUUCGUGGUGGCCGCGGCCGCCGGAUUCGUGAUUUGGCGGCGUAUAAGGGACGAAGCGGACCCGAUCGAAGGUUGGGAGUUGGAGUACGGUCCACACAGGUUCCCUUACAGGGAGCUCGCCCACGCGACGAAGGGGUUCGGCGACAAGGAGCUGUUGGGGUUCGGCGGGUUCGGCCGGGUCUAUCGCGGCGUCCUGCCGGGGACGAAGGAAGAGGUGGCGGUGAAGCACAUCUCCCGGGGCUCCAAGCAGGGGCUCCGCGAGUUCGUGGCGGAGGUGUCCAGCAUCGGUCGGCUGCGCCACCGGAACCUGGUUCAGCUCCAAGGGUGGUGCCGCCGGCGCGGCGACCUCCUCCUCGUCUACGACUACAUGCCUAACAGCAGCCUCGACAAGCUCAUCUUCGACCAGCAGCCGGGAACCCAGCCACGCCUCGGCUGGGCGCAGCGAUUCCGUGUCCUCCGCGGCGUCGCCUCCGCCCUUCUCUACCUCCACGAGGAGUGGGAGCAGGUGGUGCUCCACCGGGACGUCAAGGCCAGCAACGUCCUGCUCGAUGCUGAACUCAACGGCCGCCUCGGCGACUUCGGCCUGGCUCGCCUCUACGAGCACGGUUCCAACCCCAGCACCACCCGCGUCGUCGGCACCCUCGGGUACCUGGCGCCGGAGCUCACCCGCACCGGAAAGGCCACCACUCUCAGCGACGUCUACGCCUUCGGCGCCGUGCUGCUCGAAGUCGCCUGCGGCCGGCGGCCCAUCGAGCCGAAAGCCGUGCCGGAGGAGCUCGUCCUCGUGGACUGGGUCUGGGCACUCUGGUGCUCGGGUCGGAUCCUCGUCGCCGUAGAUCCGUUACUCCAGGGCGAGUACGAACCCACCGAGGCCUUGCUCGUGCUCAAGCUCGGGCUCAUGUGCUCGCACCCGGACCAAGCCUUCCGACCCGGCAUGAGGCAGGUGAUGCAGUACCUCGACGGCGACAUGCCCCUGCCGGAACUUCCCACCGACGGGCCGCCCGUUGACUACUGGGCACGCGCACAAUGCUUCGAUGACUUCGUUCACUCAUACCCAUCGUCGGACGGAAAAGCAUCGACGGGGUCCGCGCCCAUCGGCCGUCAACCAACGGGGACAUCCCCAUUGGUCAGGCCUGUAAAUUCCGGCGAGGGCGAGGAUCUUGUUUAAUGGACACGGCAAAUUUUGGCGAUCUGCACGGUGCCCAUUUCAUGGGAGGCCGUCAUCCUGCUGGCCUCCAGCUUCAGCACUACGUGAGAUCCAAACAUUGAGCAAUGUCAUUCUUUCUUGUCACAAGGAUACCUCAAGUCAUGUUCAUGGUGUGUAUACAUCCACUGGUUGAAAUGGGAAACUGCACAGAAUUUUGUGUCUUGUGCACUUUGAUGGUCUUCAUGUGAUACGAUCUAGGCAACAUGUUCUGUCCAGUAUUCAUUUUAUAAUUGUGUGCCACUUGCUGGUCUUGGAACUCUGAGAUGGGGAGUUCCUUUAAUAUUGUUACCUUUCUCUGUUGUGAGGGAGGAUGGUUGGGCAUCUUCUUCUGCAAAAAGCAUCUGGUGCCAAUGUGACGGGUGAAGUAUGUACAGCUGUGGAUCAGUGAAUCUUGCCUAAACAACUCUCAAGCGACCAUAUAGAGUUUCUGUGGAUGGUGGCAGAUGCGACAAUCGUGGCCGCGGAAGGACUGCUUCCAGCUGUGCCACCAUAUAGAGUGUGUCACCGCAUUAACAUCCGACAGAGUGGAAUGCAUUGGAAGCCUAAUAAUAAAUUAGACGGGAUCUUCAGACUGCACACUUGCCAACCAUAAGCAUGGUUGUGAUUUUUCAUUGCUCAUCGCAAUGUCCUUUCUGCAGUUUCCACAUAUCAUAAUUGCGAAUGGCUGUCCUGUCUCUUGUAUUUUUCUUUUUUACUAAGGGAAGAAAAAAGGGGUGAAAAGCAGUGUCGAUGUCAAACGCUUUGGAUUCGAGUGAACGUGAUGCAAGGAUAUUCGAAUUGGCGAAAGAAUGAACUCACGUGGAAUCAUUUGUUUACAUAUAUAUCUAACUUCUUUGUUAUGAUGUCAUAGUUAUUGUUCGUUCUUCGUUAAUUGAUUGAACUGUAUAGAUUGUUACUUGUUCAUUUUCAUGAUCUUCGACUGUAUUUCAUUCCUGUUUUAUAUUUUGUAAUCCAAAUUACGGGCAGUUCCUGAAAAAGACUUGAAACCUGGUCUUGAGGUUUUGCUUGCUUCC